AUGGGAAUACAAACUUAUAAAAAAUAUAUAGAAUACAUAAAAUCAACUGGAAUUUCUAUUGUUGUGGUGGGAGGUUGUUGGUUUUUGUAUCAACUACGACAAGUAUCACAAAUUUUGCAGUCUUCUGUGCCUACCAAUGUUCUGAAUAUGGAACAACCACAGAGUCAAUAUAUUUAUGUUGAUGAUCCUAGAUUUAAAGAUAUGUUUCGAAAAAUUGAGAAUUUACAAUCAUCUGUAGAAAAACAAUCAUUAUCUUUUAGUCACAUUAUAAUGAAAUGGUGGAAAUCAUUCAACCGUAGUAUAGCAUACAAAUUACUGUACAUGGCACAACAUGGGAAUGAAUGGGAAAGUAUAAGGGCUCUCUAUACUCUUAAUUCUUUAAAACAUUUAAAAGAUUGGCACUAUCAACAUAUUGCACAAAUGCUGGAUGCAAAGACUGCAAUAUCCCUUGCAAGAAUGCCAAAUGUUAAUUCAAGAUUUUUUUUAAAGCCACCAUAUUAUUAUAUGCAACACAAAUUACAUGAUGUAAUAGAAAAAGUACAUCAAUUACUUGUCUAUUUAAGUUCAUUGUGUAAAAAUACACAUCCAUGCCUCAUACAAUUUCUUAACAAAAAAUUUAAAGAUACAUAUUCUAGUUUGAUACUUGAUCACGAUUUAACAAGCAUAGGACUGACUGCAUCAACAACCAUAGUAUGGGAUGAAGAGUUAUUACAAAGUUGCGUACAAGCACUAUGCCAUCAUUCUUGCCUUGAACAAUACAGUAAAGAUAUUGUUGAUGCUGGUGGUCUUCCAUUACUAAUGAUAAUAAAGAAAAUAUUCCAUGACAAUAUUAAUGUGUGCAUACUACUUGCAAAAAUAAUUUCUAAUAUUUCACUUCACUCAGAAUAUCUGAAAGAUAUUUUUCAAGCAGGAUGGAUUGGCACAUUAGUAGAAUGGUCUCAAAGCAGUGAUAUUAGAUUGUCAGCACCAGCUGGUCGUGCAUUAGCAAAUUUAGAUAUGGACGAGAAUAAAUAUGUUAAAUACCCAAGACGUAUUUAUCUUCUUCAUCCUCUGCAUAAAACUAAAGCAAAUAUACAAUUGGAUGUUGUUUUCUUACAUGGAUUACUUGGAGGUGUAUUUAUAACAUGGAGGCAAAGAGAUCUAAAUACACCUGCUAUUGGAGUUAUAGAUCCUCUCACUAUACAAGAUGGAAUUAAUACCUUUUCAAGUUUGAUAGAUGAUCAAUCACAAGAAUUUCUAAAAGAUUUAGCUUAUGAUUUGACAAAGCAUGAAUGGGAUCGAGUGGGACAGGAUUUUGAAAUAAUUUUAGAUGAUUGUCCUCAAAAUAACAAUUUGAAAACAAGUGGACCGUUUUCCUGUAGCGGAGAUGAUGCGUGCAUGAAAAAAUUUCAACAUGACAGUCAACAUAGAACACAGUGUUGGCCUAAAGACUGGUUACCGGAGGAUGUUCCAUCUCUUCGAGUAAUUGGAGUAAAUUACGAUACGAAUUUGUCAAUGUGGACUCCUUCGUGUCCAAUAGAAGGCGCAAAAACCACUAUGAGUGAAAGGAGCAAAGAAUAUGUUAAGAAAUUAUUAACCGCGGGUGUUGGGAAACGACCAGCGAUUUGGGUGUGUCAUUCAAUGGGUGGUUUAUUAGUAAAAAAGAUGCUUGUGGAUGAAUGGAAGAAUGGUGAUAAAAAUGAUAUAUGUAAGAAUACACGCGCCAUAAUAUUUUAUAGUACUCCACAUCUAGGCUCUCGUGUGGCAGCGUUAAAACAAACUACACAAAUGGUAGUGUGGCCAUCUGUCGAAGUACAGGAACUUCGUGAAGAGUCGCCACAAUUAUUACAACUACAUAACGAAUUCCUCGAUAUGUUAAAAGAAUAUCCUAUGGAAAUUGUCAGUUUCAGUGAAAUUAAAUCUACUCAUGUGACACCAUUAAAAGUUCCAUUUCAAUUUGUUACUCCUAUAUCGGCAGAUCCUGGAGUAGGAGAAUUUUAUGAAAUUGCACAAGAUCAUUUGUCCAUAUGUAAACCAGCUAACAGACAUUCAUUCCUAUACCAAAAAUUAUUGAGUGUAUUAAAACAUCACAUAACACCUAUUGAAAAAACAAGUGUUUCUCCAGUUAUGGAACUGUUAUCAUUGUCAAGUAAAUUAUUUUAA